CGAGGAGUACGCAACAGGGCGUACUGACUACGAGUUGGAUGAGUACCUGAAGGUGGCUCAGUGUUGGGUCGAUGUAUCGGAGGAUUCGAUAGCCUCCAACAACCAGACUUCGGCCAGGAUGUGGGAUCGCAUUGAGGAACGCUACAACGAGGUGAAACCGAAGUGGGCGUUCAAGCGGACCAAGGUUCAGCUGCGCAAGUGUUGGGAUCGGAUCAAGCUCCACGUCAACAACUUCUGCUAUAUCUACAACAGGAACAGGGACGGAAGAGCUAGCGGUGAGAGCAUGGAGGAUGUCCUCAACAAGUCGUUGUCCGAGUACCAACAACAGUUCGGGCAGUUCAAGCUGUACAAUGUUUGGCUGAUCUUGAAGGACAAGGGGAAGUUCAACGGAGGGAUACCGGUUGGAUCCUCGGCUCCGAAGCGGACGAAGAACACCGCCGCUGGCGAUUACACGAGCAGCGGCCCAUCUCCUGUGGAUCUGAACGCUGAGCCGGAAGGGAGUUCCGGCACGCCUACGUCUACUUUUAGACGUCCCAUUGGUACCAAGGCUGCCAAAGCCCAGGCCAAAGGGAAGGCGAAGGCGGGCGCGUCUGGAUCAGCGGCCCCCCCGCAGGCUGCGCCUGCUCCAUCUGUUCAGCUCAUGGACAGGGCGAUCGAGGAGUUCGGAGGUUAUCGCGAGGUGGUUGAGUAUAGGUUUAUACUUGACGCCCAAAACAGCCUUCGUGAAGAAACCGAUCCGGAAGCCCGACAGAGGACUAAGAAUAUGAUCAAGAAUUUGGCGCAGAGGUUGAAUUUAGAUGACUAGUUUGGUUUUUUCUUUUUUUUAGUAUUUUAGUUUUAAUGUAGUUUUUUUUUUUAAUCUAAGUAUGAUGUAGUUCCACUUUUCUAUUAAGUAAUGUAGU